AUGGCGGAAGACGGCGGGAUGGAGUUAUGGGUGGUGUCGUUCUUGGGACACAUCGUGGUUACCAAGACAAUUGCCAUGCUCGUCCUGGGCCUGGGGUCGUUCGUGCUGGGCGUGUUACCCAUGAAAUUCAUUUCCAGAGACUGGUGGUACCCGAACGGGGAACCACCGCGACAAGCCAGCGUCCCCUCGUACCCCGGCCACUCGCACCCCGGGGAAUCGGCCACCGAUUCGUCACCACUAGUGUCACUGCUGUUGUGCUUCGGCGGCGGCGUCUUGCUGUUCACCACGUUCUUACACCUGCAGCCGGAAGUCCGGGAGGGUGUCACCCAGUUGCAGCACGACGGUCAGCUGUUCGACGGCCCCGGCUCUGAGAACCUGGGUGACCUCAUAUUUUGUACCGGGUUCUUCUUGGUAUUUAUUAUCGACCAGAUAGUGCAUACCGUGCUGGACAGCUGGUACGUGGACAACGAGCCCAGCGAGGAGGUACUGCAUCGGUCGAUGAGCCUGAGGCGGCGUACUCCACCGUCGAGACCACCCAAUUUGCAGACACCUACUGGACCACCGGCCACUGGUGAGUCAAGUGAGGGACGGCACCAGCCAACUUUCCAGGAAAUCGCACUGACCAGCAGGCCAGGAUCUGAACGACGGCAGACGAUGUGUGACGGCGCUGAUGCGGAAAAGCAGGCUUCGAGGAAAGUGAGAAGAUCAGCUGGACAGUCGUAUCGCGGACUGUUUGCCGUUCUGGCCCUAUCGUUUCACGAGGUGUUCGAAGGCCUGGCCAUCGGGCUGGAAGAGCGCGUCGACGACACGUGGUACCUGUUCUUUGCCGUGGCCACGCACAAGCUCAUCAUCGCCUUCUGCAUCGGCUUGGAACUGGCCUGGUUGGAGACCAAGAGGGCCAUUCUCGUCGUUUACGUGGCCACGUUUGCUAUCGUCACGCCAGUGGGCAUCGCCAUAGGUAUGUUGCUCGUGCACUUCGGCGACGAUGGUUCCGUGGAUGGGACGCCCGGACUGUUGGCCGUCGUUCUCCAGGGCCUGGCCGCCGGAACUCUCUUGUAUGUCGUGUUCUUCGAGGUGCUCGCCAGACACAAACAGUCGGGAUUCUCGCACCUCCUGGCCAUAAUCCUUGGAUUCUCCGUCAUGUUGGCGCUGCAGAUGAUAAGUGAGUAUCAAAACGGUUUUUAA